GGGCUUCGGACGGUGACCUGGCGGCCCCAGCGCUCCCUUCUGGAACUGGUGGCCACAUGGCUCUGGCCUCCUCCGUGGCCCGCUCAGGCCGCGGGCCCCGGAACCUGCUGCAGUUCCUGCGGCUGGUGGGGCAGCUCAAGAGAGUCCAACGGACUGGCUGGGUGUACAGAAAUGUCGAGCGGCCAGAGAGUGUAUCUGAUCACAUGUACAGGAUGGCAAUUAUGGCUCUGGUGACCAAAGACGAUCACCUGAACAAAGACCGAUGUGUGCGCCUAGCCCUGGUUCACGAUAUGGCAGAAUGCAUCGUUGGGGACAUAGCACCAGCAGAUAACGUCCCCAAAGAAGAAAAACAUAGGCGAGAAGAGGCAGCUAUGAAGCAGUUGACCCAACUUCUCUCAGUGGAUCUCGGAAAGGAGCUCUAUGAACUUUGGGAAGAAUAUGAGACCCAAUCUACUGCAGAAGCCAAAUUUGUGAAGCAGUUGGACCAAUGUGAGAUGAUCCUUCAGGCGUCUGAGUAUGAAGACCUUGAGAACAGACCCGGGAGACUGCAGGAGUUCUACGACUCCACAGCAGGAAAAUUCAGUCACCCUGAGAUAGUCCAGCUUGUCUCUGAACUUGAGGCAGAAAGAAAUGCUAGCAUCACUGCGGCCACCGGUGAGCCACACUCCUGAGACGUUCUCUGUGUUGCUGCACGCCCAUAACAAACAUUGUAUUUUUCCAUCGGAUGUUGUUGUGUUGCCUGUUGGUUUGUUGAUUUCCCCAGAUGUGAGUCUGUUUAUUUUCAAUUGCCUGGACUCUAGUGAGAAACGUGUGAUACAAUUGGGCCACAAAAGAAGCCAUAGAACAGAAUGUGGUCAUGAAAAUGCAUGGAUGAGGACUUGGGGGUGGGUGUUUUUUUUUUUAUGAACUAAAUACAUACAUUUUAAAAACUUUAAACUUUGGCAUAUUUAUUGGAGAUUUUUAAUCUACUGAAUUUGUAUCCUACAUCCCCAAGGGCAAGAUUCAUUGAACAGUGGAAAGUUUAAUUAUGAUUGCUUUUAAGAACAGAUUUUUCAGCUGACUUGACUAGUAAGGAUCCAGGAAAAUGAAUGUAUUGUCUCCUUGGAUGAAAUGCUGCUUUAUUCAUAUGAUCACUCUCUGGAGCCAGAUUUUUAAUUUCACUGUGACCUGUUUUAGGCCUUUGAUCAUGGACUUGUAAACCUGGCAACCGAUUCAGCCCCUUCUUCCAAUUGUUUGUCAUUUGGAGGUAUAAACUGGGACAUGCAAUUUGAACUGCUGUUUGUUUUCCUCUGUGUUUUUUUUUCCCGUCUGAUCUGAUUUACAGACAUUCAGACCUUGAUUAUAGGAAUGUUUAUCACCAGGUGAGAAAUGUAUAUGAGAGUAUUGGUGGGGUCACUAGACCUUUUUUGUAGGGAACACAUCAGACCUGGUUCCUUCUCCUCACUUCCCUUUCACAGGAUAAGUAAUCUGCCCACUGGCCUUUAAAUGAUGCUCAGCCAUUGAAUGGCAAGGAAGGGAAGGCUGUUGGUGCAGACCUGCUCACUAUUUUGCACUGAUAGAUUUUCGAGUAGAAGAUGAUACCUGUCCCUUUAAUUCAAAUGUCACUUUCCAUUUGAAGAAAGCCUUCAGGCUGGCAUGGUGAGAAUUCUAGGCAGCGUUUCUUUGGAAACUCUUUGCAGUCUCCAUGGAUACUCAGUCUGCAGGAAGCAAAGUGCAUGAUCUCUUCAGAAGCAGCACACUUGUGUACAUGCAGCUAGCUGCUCUGUGUUGAAAAGAGCAAUGCUGCUUUGCAUCCAGAUACUGCCCCCACCAUAGAAACAGUAUUUAAAAAGUGAUAAAUGGUUGAAAACUGUGGUUAUUAUUGGAGAUAGAGUUGGUAGGAAAAUAGAGCUACAUCUAUCAGUAUUAGAGUUUUUUCUCCUGCCAUGCAAACAUGCGCACAAAAUAACUCAAGACAAAGGCUCCAAUAUUUACAACUAAAAGACUGCUUGUGGCCCUGGAGUUUUAUUUGCAAUAUUUUUCCUUCUGUAUUUUUCAUAAAUUUAUGGAGAGACUUUGGAGCCCUUUUACUGGGUCAGAUUUAACACUGGUCACUUAAUCAUUAUCUAGGUUUCCCUUUACCAACCAAGUGGGGGUUUACACAGGCCCAAACCUUCCUUACUGAGGUAAUAGGUUUAAAAACAAUGAAAAUGUGAUGGUGCUAUAGAUAAAAUAUCAUAAGAACAAAAUGAAGAUCAAUGAAAAUAGCUAUUGAAUUCAUCAGUUAAUGUCUACAAAUAUAUGAGCAUUAUCACUUAAAAAGUGUAUUUUUCUUAGAAGAUUCAUGCUAUUUGCCCGGAAUUGGUUUUCUGAAUAUCAAGUCCUGUCAUUGUGAUGCAGAGUAAAUAAUUAUUCCUGGGUUGAACUCUUGAUUCACAAACUGGCUGCCAUACAUAGAGAACAAGGAGGGUCCAGAGAAGGACGCAGACCACUCCAGGCUGACAGGUGGCAGGUUUAAUAAGCGGUGGAACUUGCAUACGGGGCUCACCUGGGGUGGUCACAAGAUGAGUAAAUCUCUGCACCUGCGUGCCACAAUCUUUUAAGUUUAUUUACUAGAAGCUUCUUUUUGGGCUCAGUUAUGUAUACCAUCCAGAUGGUCUCAACAAGGCAUUACUCUCAAGGCUGUGUCCUUGAAAGAGCUCCUAGUAUGGGCCAGAACCAACAUUCCCAGGAUGGGUGUGAGUGAGAAGCCUCUGAUUGCCCAGGUCCAGCUUGCAAGUCAGCGAGGAGUUAAAGUGCACUCAAUGACCUCCUCCAACAUGAACUCAAAAAAUAUUGUUUGCUACCUCCUAGUCAUGAGGAAGAGAAACUACAUCACUCAAAAGGAAGAGGGCAGAAGGGUAGGGCCGCAGGGGGCACGUCUCAGGCCAGUGCUCCCUGCCCAGUCCCUGGGGCUGACUGGGGGUGGGCGGCUCUUCCCCAAAAACAAUUCCUUGUUUUUCCCUUGCGGGCUAGCCUUUCAUUAGCUGUUACAUAAUUGUCAAUGCCCUUGUAUUUGAAAAAAUGUUGACCCUAACAGAACGUCUAACCUGUUUAUCUGCAAGUCUGUAAUACAGGCUCUGGGAUAAAUGACUGAUGAAGUGUGUUGUGAAAGAGCAUCCUCAGGAUCCAGCAUUUUUAUUUAAUUAGCUAGUCUUCAUAUUCAAAGUGAGAUUGAGGGUGAUUUCUGUGGGAGAUUUGUGAUAAUUUUUGGUUUGCCUUAACACAUAUUCUUUAUGAUAUAUUAAGUAAAAAUGUAAAGGAUUGCACCAUUCUUAGAGAUUAUCAGAAGUAACCAUAAGAUUUUGCCAGAUAAUAGUUUGAAAUUAUAUUUGAACACCAGAUUUGAAGUUGCUUUACAUUUUAUAUUUAAGUCACUAACUUUAUUACCAUCUUCCUUUAUUACAUCCACCCACACUCCAAUUUGAUAAUAAGUGAGAGGAGAGUGUUGAGACUGACGUUUGCAACCUUAUGCACCAUUUUAUAGUAAAGUUCAAUGGAUGUCAAGCUGACAGGUAGCUCUGGAACAGUAUACAGUGGCAGAAGAGCAGCUUACAUUCUGGGGU